AUGAUGCUAUCCUGUGGUCACAUCUAUUGCAAUCAAUGCAUUCAACACCAGUCUUAAAAGGAGACUAUAACUUGUCCUUUAGAUGAUUCUUGCUAGCAAUUGGAAGGUUUUAAGUUGAUUCCUGUGAAAGGAUUGAUGGCCUAUCUUGAUAAAAUGAGUACUGUGAAUAUAAAUUGCGACACUCAUCCCCACAAAAUGGUCAAGAAAUAUUGCAAAUAAUAGUAAAAAAUGCUCUGUAAUAUUUGCUAAACAGAUUGUAAUUGCUGUAAUGAAAAGACUGAGCAUUAGAAUAUUCUAAGAAAGGAUUUGGAAGAUUAUAUUGAACAUAAAAUCCCUUCACUAAAAAGCCUAUUAGAAAAAAUUCAAGUACUUAUUCACAGUCUUUAAUAAUAUCAAAACAAGGAUAAGAUGUUUGGAGCUAGUGAGUUUGUUGAUAUGAUGACUUAAAUAAAUAAGUAUUUGGGAUAGUCUUUGGAAGAAAAGAGUCUAUUUCACUUUGAAAAUUAGUAAAAUUACUAUAAGAACUCAAAACUUGAGAAUCUUGAAUUCAUUCAGAUUCUAAAUAAACCUAAGAUACCUGAUUUAACACAAUUGAUCCUUGAAAAAGAUAAAGUAAAGCAUUUCAGGGGAUUGGUUGACUAUCAUUUAGAAACUUUGAAAAAUUAACAGAUAAAUGGCUUACCACUAAAUGGAUAAACUAAACUCUUAUAUUAGGGUACAAAAGACGGAUUCUUAGCAUCAAGUUUUCAUUAAAAAUGCGAUAAUCAAGGUCCAACAAUUUCAUUCAUAUAAAGUGAACAUGAGCAAGUUUUUGGAGUUUGA